AUGUCGCUCAUUCCAAGCAUCUUUGGGGGCCGACGCACCAACGUUUUUGACCCAUCCUUUCUCGACAUUUGGGACCCCUUUGGUGGCUUCUUCACCUCUGCCCUCACCAACGAACUCAAUUCAGCCCGCGAAACCUCUGCAUUCGCCAACACACGAAUUGACUGGAAGGAGACGUCGGAGGCUUACAUUUUCAAAGCUGACCUCCCUGGACUAAAGAAAGAGGAGGUGAAGGUUGAGGUCGAAGAGGGAAGAAGGAGCAGUGGCAAGUUUCUCCGGUGGUUCAGGUUGCCGAAAAAUGUGAAGAUCGAGGAGGUGAAGGCUAGUAUGGAGAAUGGAAUGUUGACUGUUACUAUGCCUAAGGUGGAAGAGAAGCAACCUGAGGUGAAGUCUGUUGAGAUCUCUGGCUAA